GUGCGUCGUCAUAUUUGACUUUGUAAAUCUCGUCCGACAGCGCUGCGCACGUGCAACUCCUUCCACCCUCUUUCCCGCCGCAGUUCUCGACGGAGUGAACCGGGCGAGCCAAAAGCUUCGGUGUGCGGGGAGGGAAUAAUCGAUCCGUUGCCUUGUGUCGUACCACGCCACCGCACGGCGCACACACUUCUCCACACAAACACACAUGCGAUUUCUCUUCCUUUUUAUUUCUCUCUGCGGUCAAAAUGCCACCAAAGCGAUGGGCGAAGCCAAAUCAGAAACCGGCGAGCAGCAGCAGCGCCGCCGCCGGCACCGGCUCGGACACUGCCGCAUUACUCCUGUACAUUUGUGGGGAGAUUCGUGAGAAUAAUUGCUUGGGGCUGCCAGAGGAGGAGCUGACCGGCAUGGCGACCGAACUCAUGAACGUCAAAACGCGGGCCGAGGUGCUGGACUGGGGGAAAACGCUGAUGCUGUCCGACGCCUUCUCAGCCGAGGUGAUUAAGCGACGAGCGGAGUUUGGGCCGGCCUUUGAGGGGGAAACGGUCACUCGUACUCCUGCCAGCUCCGCCAAGGCCCCCGCAUCAUCUGGCGCCACCUUGGACCUCGCGAAGCGCAACAGCACCGCUCGAAAGCGUAACAAAAGGGGCGUCAACAUCAACGAGCUGCGAAAGUCCAACGCGGCGACGGAGGCGUUGAAGCCCGGCAGCUUCGAGUGCGGGUGUUUCGCCACGGUGCACAACCUCCGCGGAAGCUGCGCCAACUGCGGACGCAUCAUCUGCGAGCAAGAGGCCGACAACAUGUGCUACGCCUGCGGCCUGGACCCGUCGCGGUGCAUCGCCUACGAAAUCUCGCUACAGGAGGGAAAGCUGAGCGAGGCGGCGCAGCGCAGCAACCGCGCCGACUACGAGCAGGCGGUGGAGCGGCGUGACCGGCUGCUCGAGUACGCGCAGAACCGCGCAAAGCGAACCACUGUCAUCGACGAUCAGUCUGCUACGCUCUUCUCCCCGCAGAGUGCGUGGAUGGCACCGGAGGAACGCAAGGCGGCCGAGAAGUCCGCCGCUGAGAAGGAGCGGCAGCACAACAUCGAGUUGAUGCACCGACAGCGGGGCGCCUAUCAGGUGCACAUGGAGUUCGUCAAGCAGAACUUGCCGCUGGGCUCGCGGAAGGAAAACGCUGGCGGUGCCGACGCGACGACGGAGGCGGCAGCACCCGCGGAGGAGGACGUCGCGGAUGGCGUUGGCGCGGUGCCCACAGGUGCGGAGCCGCUGCCGUCGCUCUUGCAGAAGAUUUGGUACAGCCCCGAUGGCGCACUCGUCGAGUCUGCCUCGAAGCCGCAGAAGACGAAAGGCGGCGACGACCGCAGCCACCCGGACGCAAACUUGCCAACGCAGGAUGGCGCGUCGAUGCCGCUGACCUCGCGACCCACGCAGCGCCGUUUUGACGAGGUCUCGCGGCGCGUGCAGCAGGACUACUUCGAAGAUGACGUGGAGGUGUUUGAAGAGGUGGCGGGAGAGGCAGGGCGGGCCCAGCUGGUCUUCGCGCCGCAAACGCUGUUGGAGGACGAGGAGGAGGGUGCAGAGGAGGAAGACGGCGCUGGCGCUGGCGGGGCUUCGGCCAGCCCGCCUGUCGUGCAGCCGACGUCUUUGGAGCGCAGCGCACGUUUCGCCGUUACGGCAGUCAUGCGCAGCACCGACGAGGGCGUGUGCCUUUCCAUGCACCAGCCGUGGGCCAGUCUGCUGGUGGCGGGCAUCAAGCGGCACGAAGGGCGGGUGUGGGGGACGAACUACCGCGGUCGUCUGUGGAUCCACGCCGCCUCGGCGCAGCCGAUCAAUGUGGAGGAGGUCGAGGCGCACUACUCCCAGUUCAUGGCGCCGGGCCAGGUGUUUCCGCGGCACUACCCCACCAAGGUUUUGAUCGGUUACGUGUACGUGGUGGAUUGCAUGGACCGCGCGGCCUACGAAGGUUCCUUUCGACCAGAAGAACGGCAGGAAGAGUCGCCCUACUCCUUUAUUUGCGUAGAGCCGAAAGCGCUGCUGUUUCCGCUUCCCAUGACCGGCAGCCACAAGCUCUUCACGCUGGAGCACCGUGUCCACGUGGCCGCAAAGAAGCAGCUUGGCGAGGUGGACUCGGCUUGA